GCUUCAGCCUCAGCCAGACAUGUCCAGCCUCCAGGCACUAUGCUCCGGCCUGCCGCUGCGGCCCCUGCCAGAGAACCGGGGCCGCUGGGCUGGGGUGCCGCACGCACCGGUCAGGACCCCUGGCCUCAGCCCCGCUGAGGAGCAGCUAGCGCUGAGGAAUGCCCUGCGUUACUUCCCCCCGGAUGUCCAGGAGCUACUGGCCCCUGAGUUUGCCCAGGAGCUGCGACUGUACGGGCAUAUCUACAUGUACCGGUUUUGCCCCGCCAUGAAAAUGACGGCCUACCCAAUCGAGCGGUACCCCUGCCGGACGAGAGCUGCUGCAGCCAUCAUGCACAUGAUCAUGAACAACCUGGACCCUGCCGUGGCCCAGUUUCCCCAGGAGCUCGUGACCUAUGGAGGAAAUGGGCAGGUAUUCAGCAACUGGGCUCAGUUCUGGUUGAUGAUGUCCUACUUGUCGCAGAUGACGGAGGAGCAGACCCUGGUCAUGUAUAGUGGACACCCACUGGGCCUCUUCCCAAGCAGCCCCCAGGCCCCCAGGCUGGUCAUCACUAAUGGGAUGGUCAUUCCCAACUACUCCUCCAGGACAGAGUAUGAGAAGCUCUUUGCCAUGGGGGUUACAAUGUAUGGCCAGAUGACAGCAGGCAGCUACUGCUACAUCGGUCCCCAGGGAAUCGUCCAUGGCACAGUGCUCACCGUGUUGAACGCCGGCCGACGGUACCUGGGCAUCAAGGACCUCGCUGGGAAGGUCUUUGUCACCUCCGGGCUGGGCGGAAUGAGUGGCGCUCAGGCCAAAGCCGCAGUCAUUGUGGGGUGCAUCGGUGUGAUAGCCGAGGUAGAUAAAGCCGCCCUCAUGAAACGCCACGAGCAAGGAUGGCUGAUGGAAGUGACCGACAGCUUGGACCACUGCAUUGCAAGACUCAGGGAAGCAAGGAAAAGGAAGGAGGUGCUCAGCCUUGGUUACCAUGGCAAUGUGGUGGAUCUUUGGGAGCGCCUGGUGCAUGAAUUGGACACAACGGGGGAGCUCUUGGUGGAUCUGGGGUCGGACCAGACGUCCUGCCACAACCCAUUCAAUGGUGGUUACUACCCUGUGCAGCUGGGCUUCGCAGAGGCCCAGAGCCUCAUGGCCUGUGACCCUACUGCAUUCAAGAGCCUGGUCCAGGAGAGUCUGAGGAGGCAAGUCUCAGCCAUCAACAGACUGGCCAAGGAGAACUUCUUCUUUUGGGACUAUGGCAAUGCCUUCCUCUUGGAGGCCCAAAGAGCAGGAGCUGAUGUGGAGAAGAAAGGGGCCAACAGGACAGAAUUCCGCUACCCCUCGUAUGUCCAGCACAUCAUGGGGGACAUAUUCUCCCUGGGAUUUGGGCCUUUCCGCUGGGUAUGCACGUCAGGGGACCCCCAGGACCUGGCGGUCACGGAUGAGCUGGCCGCAUCUGUGCUGGAGGAGGCUGUUGCUGACGGAGUGGACCCGGCCGUGAAGCUGCUCUAUACGGACAACAUCCGCUGGAUCCAGGAGGCGGCCAAGCACCAGCUGGUGGUGGGGUCCCAGGCGAGGAUCCUGUACUCAGACCAGAAAGGCCGUGUGGCCAUUGCCGUGGCCUUCAACCAAGCCAUCGCCCGUGGCAAGAUCAAGGCACCAGUGGUCCUGAGCCGAGACCACCAUGAUGUGAGUGGCACAGACAGCCCCUUUAGGGAGACCUCCAACAUUUAUGAUGGCUCUGCCUUCUGUGCAGCACUUUAUCUGGCAUUCGGAGCUGGGGAGCGUAACUGUAUGCAGAAGGAUAACAACAUGGCUGUGCAGAACUUCGUGGGAGAUGCCUUUCGAGGUGCCACCUGGGUCGCUCUUCACAAUGGCGGGGGUGUCGGCUGGGGUGAGGUGAUCAACGGAGGAUUUGGCCUUGUGCUGGAUGGGACCCAGGAGGCUGAGCAGAAGGCCAAGAUGAUGCUUAGCUGGGAUGUCUCCAAUGGAGUGGCUCGGCGCUGUUGGUCCGGGAACCAGAAGGCCUACGAGACCAUCUGCCAGACGAUGCAGGACAACAAAGGCUUGGUGGUGACACUCCCACAUGCCGUGGCAGAAGAGCGCGUGCUCCAGCAGGCCCUGCGGCCAUGACGGGAACCCAAGAGCCAGCCUCGGUUCCCUCGUCCCCCUUGGUCCCUGUCCUCACCCUCACAGCCACAGCGCCCCUGUCACUACACGCCUUUGCCUCCUGGGUUAGCAGUUUCACACACAAGCCCUCACUUGGCCUCUCAACACCCCGGAGGGCAUGCCGCCACCAUCCGCAGUUUACAAAUGAGCCAGCCAAGGAGACAUGGAACCAUUUGCCUGUGACCCCUGGGAACCCUGGGCGGGGGGUGGGGCAGCAAAAUUCUUGUCCAGGGCCAUGGAACCGAGUCUUGUCCAGGGCCAAAUCCUCUAGCCCACCACAGAGUAGACUCCAGGAACUGUUGGGGGCCAUGCAUGCCAGGACUACUGGACAUCAACCAAGUCCCUUAAAAGCCCCUGCCAUUCCUUCUCCUACCAAGGGGGCAGAGUUUCCUUUGGCCUGGUUUUUAUCAAUCACUCUGCCUCCUGUCCACCUUCCAUCCAUGCAUCCAGCUAUCCUUCCAUCUGCUGGGCUGUCUAUCUAUCUGUGACGUACUUUCUGUACCUCAGUGCCUCCAGCCGCGGGCCCAAAGGAACAUGGCCAGGCCCUGGGCUCGAGGGUCCAUGGAGGAAGACAGGGUAAUAAAGACUUAGGAAAGAGAGGAAAGAAGCCAUGUAAGGUGUCAUGGGCAGGGUGGCCAUGGGCUGGUGGAUGGGGACAUGCAGGACUCUGCCCUAAAGGGUCAGCAGUACUUUGUGGGGAAAAAAGGAGAGAGGAGGGGUGCCCCCGACGGCUGGCACAGCCUGAAGCACAAGAGAAUGCAGCCUGGUCUCUUUAGAGGGAGGUCCACUCCAGAACCCUGUUUGUGACCAGGUGUCUGCAGGAGCCCUGUUGGGCCUAUGGCUGCAUUCUCGCACCUCUCCCCCGGACCUCUGAUCCUGGUAGUGGCUGGAUCCAUAGCCUAGGCUCAGAUGCAAAGCAGCCACGCAAAGGGAGUUAUACGGUCAUGCUUUUCCAGGCAUUCCUUUUGAAGUAGGCACCCCCUUUUAAGGAUUCCCCUACUUUUAGGGCUCCCUCCUGCCUCCUCGACUCCCAGUUGCCUAUUGCCUCUGUCCUCUGGACUGCUGCAGGCUUUGGGUGUGAGUGGCUUUCCCCAUGUGACUACCUAGCCCCUUGAACUGAGACCAAGGCAGGAGGAGGACACAAGCCAGCAGUGGGGUGGGGUGGGGUGGGAGAGAGUGAGGAGAAAGACCCCCAAAGGCAGCACUACCCUCUGAUGGCAGAGGAGAGCAUGCUGCAGUGCGGACAUUUGUCUUGUUUGGUUCACACAGCGGUACCCAGGCCAAACUCUUUGCCUUCCUCAGAACAAGCCCCUUUGGGGAGGGGACUUCUAGCCCCUCCCUCUAAUCCAGGGCAGACCAUGGCCUCACCCUGCUGUGGGACCAGGCUGGAAGAUGGGAUUGUGGGGGACUGGGGGACUGCUUCUCUGUCUUUAGCAACCAAUGAGAUGUCCCUUUCCUUUGUUUGAAAUUGAAGGAGAGUCGAUGCACAAUCUUACAGUAAUAGUUUCAGGUGUAUGACUCAGUGAUUGGACAACGCUUCCCCUUUCAUUUGUAAUUAAAUUAGGUUUUAGAAACGAAAUGCCAAGCCUCUGAGAAAACUUUGGUCUACUUAAAUUAUGUUAAUUUAGUUACUGGAGAAGGAUAAUAGAGGCCAAAACUUGCUUCCUGAAGUCCCAAUGUAUGGGUGUGUUUUUUUUUUUUAUAAAAUAAAAUUUUCUCCUAAAGUCAUAGGUGGAUGUGGGGGCCCUGGCAGUCCUUAUCUUUCUCCUAACCCUGCCUGCCUGCCAGGACCUCGGGGACCUUGGCCUCUCUGAACCGCGGUUUUCUAAGCUGUAUAACAGGGUGUAACACCGGCAUCUCAGUCAACGGGUGACCACGGUUCUGCUUUAUUCUCACCCAGGUUAUAAAAAGGAGCCAAGUGAUGGGAUGAAUUUCCUGGCCCUCUUCUUUCCCCCCUUCCCACACCACCUACUGAUGUUGGGACGUGCUCCCUUCCCUGUAAACAUCCAGGGCCAUGAGGGAAGUCAGGCUGUGGUGGCCCCAACACUCUUGCUGGCUCUCCAGGCCAGGAGACCCCCACCAUGACCUCACAGUGCAAAGCAGGGCACCUUUGACCGCGCACCUCCUUCUCAUUAUUUCCUAGCCUUAGCUCAGCCCCUGAAGCUCACUGACAAAUGACCCACCAUACACAGAGAAUUGAGAAAGCGAUUGGGAAAUGGGUGUCUAAGGAGCCAUAGAGAACCUGACAUCCCUCCCCCUCUACGCCUGCAGAGGAGGCCAGUCUAGCUGGGGUCUGUGUCUUCAAGCACUCAACACUGUUUGUCUCCUCCCUAGUGGCUAUUUCCUCCUUUCCCCUCACUCACAAAGCCCAAAUUUUGCCUGGGCAGUAGUAUAUACAUUACCCCAUAGUUGAUUUUCGGGACUGCUUUGUCAUCAGGAGUGACCAUUGGCCUAGUUCUGGCCGUGAGACGAGGUGGAAGUCGCAGGGUAGGACUUCUGGGAAAGCUAUUGCUUCUUUAAUAAAAGUGGACAGGUGAGGCUGGAUUGCUAUUUGCCCUCGCCCCUUCCCCCUGCCAGCACCUCAGGUGUGGUGCCUGGAAGCACAGCACCCCUGCUGUGACCGCAGGACCGCAGAAGCACAUGGGGGACACUCAUGGAAAGUUAGAGGUACCUGGGCUCCUGGCAGCAUAUGGAGCUGCUGUACCAGCCGCUGGCCCCACUCCAGCCUCCGCCGACCUCGCCUGUUGAAGCCAUCCCAGCAGGGCUUCUGUCAUAUGCAGCAAGCUCUGUUCUAAAUCCUCAUGUGGUCCAUCAACAAGUGUCCACGGAAAGCACCCUGGUGCCUGUAUCUGUUCCUGUGGCAAAACAAAGAGGCUCAGGAGGCAGUGAGCCAUGUGCGAAGGCCUCAGACCCCUCUGGGCUCCUCUCCAAGCCCUGCCAGUAAGCAGGCUACUUCCCCGGGCCACAGCAUAUCAGCCUGCUGCUUGCUGUCACAGGGAGAAAGGAUGCCGGACAACCACAGUAGGGCCACGGUGGGGCUCGGGGGUGUUGGGGCAGCUGACCACAGCCCUGGUGGAGCGGAAGGAACAGGAGGUCUCGCUCAGUGGUGUCUCAGGCAGACACCGGAACUGAAUAGUUUUCAAAGGGAUUCUGUGUCCAGUUUAGUCUUAGUUUUAAGGAAGCAGAGAUGUGUAGUCUACUGAGAAAUGUUCUCUCUGAUUAAAAUAGAAACCAGUUGGCCGUGACCAGCAUAGGCUUCAGUUGCCUUGAAAAUUUGAGGUUGUGAAUGUGUCAGGGCGUCUCCCUGGGUAGCUUCUGCCCUGGGAAUCAGAUGCUUUCUCCUCGGGCCAGCGCAGGUCUGUUCAGGAGGGCUCAGCUGAGUGAUGAGCUCUGUUGCCCCAGGCUUUCAACUAGGUUCCUAUAAAGAGGGCAAGGGGCCAGACUUGACCGGCUGCUGCAUCUUGUUUGCCCUCUUUAAAAAUGUUUGACUUUAUCAUCAAUUUUUACAAGUUGGAAGAUUUCACUUAAAUAUCCAGAUUUUCAGUGUACUUAAAGAAAUCAAGAGAUGGGGUGACACUGUGCCCUCGCCACCUCUCUGUCAGCAAUCAGCUGGAAGCUCCCUGGGGCUGGGCUUGUUUUUUCCAGUUUGCCACAGUCCCUGUGAGUCCUAACUGCCCUCCAAUGGUGAGGCCAAGUGCGCACCUUCUUGGGUUUGAGAUCCUGGUUUCUUACAUUGCCUGCUUCCCACUGUGUGUCACUUUCAGGGUCUCUGCUGGGAUUCAAAUCUCUGUGUAUUAUCAUUCUCUAGAUAAAUGGAGCCAAUGGAAGAUGUAUCUGUACAUAUAUACAUAUAUAAGAUAGAUAUCUAUAGAUGUCUUUUUAUAGAUAGAUAUUGUUGAUAUAUAUAUCAUGGCAGUCCCAUGGAACCGUAAACUAGAGGCCUGGAAAGGCCAGAGGCCUAAUUCAGUUCAAGUCUGAAGACCUGAGAACCAUGCGAGCAAUCCCCGUCCAAGAAGAAGAGAAGAAGAAAUGAGGUGUCCCAGCUCAGUGAGAUAUGAAAGAGGGAAUUCCUCCUCCUCUGCCGUUUGUUCUGUUCAGACCUCAAUAGACUGAGACCUCAAGAGAUUGCAGAUGCCAACCUACUUGCAGAAGAGCCACCCAUUUAAAUGCUAAUCCUGUCUAGAGUUACGCACAGGGACAUACCCAAAAACAAUGUUUAAUGUACUGUAUGGUGACUAACAUAAUAUAAUAAAAAAUAUUAUUAUAAAAAAAUAAAUUUAAAAAAAUGGCCCACUGAAAUUGAUGCAUAAAAUUAACCAUCACAGAAAUCCCUGAUGGAGGUGUCCUUUCCCUCUGUGAUAUUUUGAUAUAUAAUAAAAAAUACAUAUUUGGUCUUCAUUCGCAUUUCUGUCACAGAGCUCCUAAAACCCUUGGAAUUUCCUAGCUAAUAAGAAUGAUCAAGGUGUUUUGAUAUUCUAGGCGCUUGGGUGGCUCAGUUGGUUAAGCGUCUGCCUUCAGCUCAGGUCAUGAUCUCAGGGUCCU